AACACCAAGACAAAUCAUAGCCUGGCCCUCGUUUAAUCCAAGAAAACUUCUCUUAAUUGUACGUGUUAGAAACCCCUAGCUUUAUUGUCACAACAAUGUUGCCUUAGCAUAAAUAUUGCCACUACGUUUAGGAAAUAUUAAAAUCUUUACCUACCAUAACGCAAGACCCGGUAUUUGUUGCGACACUACACUCAAUCACUCAUAUCUUAACUUCCCAUUCACCACUAUACCUAUUACGUCUCUCUAAUUAGUAAGAGAAUUUACCCUUUAUCUUCCUUCUCCACCACAUCAUAAUGGAAAAAACGUUACAAUUAAGAAACCCAUUUCUCAUGUGAUUAAAUUGAUUCUUCAGUUAAGACCUAAAUACCAUUAUUUGUCUAGCAAAAAAAAGUUAUAUAUAUUCCCACAAUUCCAAUCACCCUUCACCUUCACUCAACAUAAUUCAUUUACUUCAUUAUUUAUACAAGUCCUUUUUGUAUAACUUAAUGUUCAUGGCUACACAAAAUUGUUCAAAAUGUGUCAUGUUGGUAACACUACUAGUAACAAUUCUCUUUGUUCAUCCAACAUUCUCAACAUCAAGAGGGUCUCUCAACCAUCACCAAAUCUCUCAAGGCGGGUUCCGAAUCACUCUUCGCCACGUUGAUUCCGGCAAAAACUUGACUAAACUCGAGCGCGUUCAACAUGGCAUUAACCGGGGACAUAGCCGACUUCAAAGACUAAAUGCAAUGGUGUUAGCAUCAUCCACAACUGAAGAUUCAUCUCAAGUGGAAGCACCGGUUCACGCCGGAAACGGUGAGUAUCUAAUGGAACUAUCCAUUGGAACACCACCAAUUUCUUACCCAGCAGUUUUGGAUACAGGAAGUGACCUCAUAUGGACUCAAUGUGAACCUUGUUCACAAUGUUACAAACAACCAACACCAAUUUUUGAUCCAAAAAAAUCCUCAACCUUUUCUAAACUCUCAUGUAGUAGCAACCUAUGCAAUGCUUUACCUUCUCCAACUUGCAGCAACAAUGGUUGCAAUUAUGUUUAUUCAUAUGGUGAUUAUUCUAUGACACAAGGUAUUUUAGGUAGUGAAACAUUCACUUUUGGUGAUGAUAAAAAAAACCAAGUUUCAGUUAAAAACAUUGGUUUUGGUUGUGGUGAAGACAAUGAAGGAAAAGGGUUUGAACAAGCUUCAGGGUUGGUUGGAUUAGGACGUGGUCCUUUAUCUUUGGUUUCUCAAUUACAAGAACAAGAAUUCUCUUAUUGUUUAACCUCAAUGGAUGACACAAAACAAAGUGUUCUUUUGUUAGGUUCUCUUCCAAAUGUUAAUGCCACAAAACAGGUAACAACACCACUUAUCACAAAUCCAUUGCAACCAUCUUUUUAUUAUAUUUCACUUGAAGGUAUCUCUGUUGGUGACACAAAAUUGUCAAUUGAGCAAUCAACUUUUGAGGUUAGUGAUGAUGGAAGUGGUGGUGUAAUUAUUGAUUCUGGCACAACAAUUACUUACAUUGAAGAGAAUGCUUUUGAUUCAUUGAAGAAAGAGUUUACAUCUCAAACAAAAUUACCGGUCGAUAAAUCGGGUUCAACUGGAUUAGAUGUUUGUUUUAGUUUGCCAUCAGGGAAAACAGAAGUUGAAAUUCCAAAAUUAGUUUUUCAUUUCAAAGGUGGUGAUUUGGAAUUGCCUGGUGAAAAUUAUAUGAUUGCUGAUUCAAGUUUAGGUGUUGCUUGUUUAGCUAUGGGAGCUUCUAAUGGAAUGUCUAUCUUUGGUAAUAUUCAACAACAAAAUAUUUUGGUUAAUCAUGAUCUUCAGAAGGAAACUAUUACUUUUAUUCCUACUCAAUGUAAUAAGUUGUGAUUGAGUAUUUGUGUCAUAUGAACAUGAUGGACUCAUCAAAAUAUCUUUGUUUCUUUGUUUCUAAGUUACCUUUGUACUAAUAUUGUUGUUAUGAAUCUCUUAGUUCGUUAAUAAUAUGAAAGUUUUCUUUCCACAAAUCCAA